AUGUCUAGCCCCAAGUCUGAUCAAGACGUCCCGAAGUCGUCACCGAAGUCGUCGCCGAAGUCCCCGACGUCGCCAGCCGAGGUGGUCCAAUCGUCGUCCCCUGGCGAUACCACGACCAGGAUGAUGCUGGAGAGGAUUCCGCAUAUGAGGACGAUGGAAGGCGACAUUGUGUCGUCAACCGCGUCUCUUUCGGAAAGCAUCUUUGACUACCGCAACCUUCACGGGCGAACCUUUCAGAACUCGAAAACGACCGAAUAUUGGGGUCCCAACGAUGAUAGACAAAACAAUGGCCUCGACAUAGCGCACCAAUUCAUGGUCAUGCUGAAGAACGACCGCCUGUUUGACGCGCCCGUCACUCGCAUGUCCAAGGUCCUCGACGUGGGCACGGGUACUGGCAUCUGGGCUAUUGACAUGGCAGACGCGUACCCAGAGACCGAGAUUAUUGGCACCGACAUCAGCGCCAUCCAGCCCAGCUGGGUGCCCCCGAACUGCGUUUUCCACAUCGAAGACGCCCAGCUCGAAUGGACGUUCCGCCCUGAAAGCUUCGACUUUAUCCACAUUCGUGCCCUCUACGGCAGCAUCAGCGACUGGGGCGAACUAUACCGCCAGGCAUAUACGGCAUUGUCACCCGGUGGAUGGAUCGAGAAUAUGGAGAUCAACAUCCACAUGCACAGCGACCUGCCCGAGAUCAGGGACGACCCUGACCACAUCUUUAAGCGUUGGGCCAAGGUAUUCUGGGAAGCGACGGACAAGAUGAACAGGACGCUCCGCAUCGCAAUGGACGGCACCCAGCGCAAGCUCAUCACCGAAGCCGGCUUCGAAAAGGUUGUGGAGAAGACGUACCAAGUACCGUGCGGUGCUUGGAGCAGCGACCCAAAGAUGAAGCAGAUUGGCGCGUACAACCUGGCGUUUAUGGAUGAGAGCUUGGAGGGCUUCGCCUUGUUCAUUCUGCGGGAGAUAAUGGGAUGGGAAUACGACGAGGUGCAGAUCUUUGUCAUGGAGAUGCGCCGGGCCAUACGCAACACCAAGAUCCGGCCAUAUUAUCUCAUAACCAAUGUUUACGGACAGAAGCCCGAGACAGCCAAGUAG